AUGGACCCAGGAGGUCUCCCAUGGAAGGAGUUCUCUCACAACCUUCAUGUUGGGAUAGAGCCCUUCAUGGUGCUGUUUUCGUAUUUUGCUCAUCGUCGUGCUUGCCGUGACAAGCAGAACCAGCGUCGAGCAGCUAUACAGCAACUCGAAUCACGUUUCCACGAGCUCAUAACUCCUAUAGACACCUCAAUCCUCUCCCAGCCCAUCUCUAAACUCGUGGAGAAUGUACAUACAGGCGAAUUCACGCCUCUCACGAUCCUCACAGCGUAUACCAAGAAAGCCCUAGCCGCCCAUGCACAAACCAAUUGUCUUUCAGAAAUCCUUGUCAAGUCUGCACAGGGAUGGGCUACCUCAUCCAAGUUUGACGCUGGGAACCUGAAGGAGAAGAGGAAUUUGGAGAGCCUCCCGCUCGCGGGGGUGCCUGUGAGUUUGAAGGACACCGUAGGAGUGGAGGGGUAUGAUUCUUGCAUAGGGUACUCAGCAUGGGUGGGGAAGCCUUUCCCUCGUCACAGUGCGCUGGUCAGGCUCUUGCUCGAUGCAGGAGCCGUCCCCUUUGUCAAAACCACGAUCCCGAUCACUCUGCUCUCCUUCGAAUCAACCUCAGACGUCUUCGGCGUCACGACCAACCCUUACAAUAAAGGCUAUUCUCCAGGAGGUUCAUCGGGCGGUGAAGCAGCCCUCCUAGCGUACGGCGGUUCGCGCGUUGGUGUGGGCACAGACGUUGCGGGGAGCGUGAGGGUGCCGGCACAUUAUUGCGGGGUCUAUUCGAUCCGGAGCUCGGCGCAGAGGUUUUUGAAGGCAGGAAACGCAACGAGUAUGCCUGGGCAGGAGGGUGUGUUGCCAGUCUAUUCGCCCAUGGCGCGGACAUUGGAGGACCUGGACACAUUCUGGCAAGCCGUCAUGUCCAUGAAACCGUGGAAAUACGAUCCAUCGGUCUUGCCCAUCCCGUGGCGGAAGCCUGACUUUGAGGGACGGACAUCUCUGAAAUGGGCUGUCAUAUGGGACGACGGCGUCGUAAGACCAUCCCCGGCGUGUCACAGAGCCUUAAAUACCGUAGUUGAUGUUCUUCAAAGAAACGGACAUAGCAUCGUCGCAAUAAACGACCCGGCGCUCUUUGGAACAGGCCUUAAUCUCGCCGCGCAACUCUUGCUCGCUGACGGAGGCAAAGUUGCUACUAAACCCAUCCGGUUCGGAGAGUUUAACGACCCAGGCAUGGUUCAGGCAAUGCGCAUGUUCUCCCUCCCGCGACCCCUUAGAAUCCUUUACUCCUGGUUCGUCCGCUACAUCUACCGCGAUCCCCUGUACGCCGAUCUCAUCGCGGGAUGGCACGAGAAGCCUAUGGAUGAGUACAUGAAGCUGGUCGCGCAGAGGGAGGAGUAUCGGCUCAAGUGGUUCGAAAUGUGGAAUGGGAGUGAAGGAGAUAAUGAGAAGGGAGGAGAUGGUGGGUGGGAUUUCAUAUUGACGGUGCCAAACGCGUUGCCCGCUGUACCGCAUGGAGGGAUGAAGGACGGGUGGAAAUCUUGCGGAUAUACGUUUCUGUGGAAUUUGCUCAUGUUCUGGGUUUUCAAGCUCGAUUAUUCCGCGGGUGUGAUGCCCAUCACGCACGUCAACAGUGUCCUUGACCGGCUCGCCCCUCGCUUCGCUCCCCGCAACGCUAUCGAGAAGGGUGCGUACACCGCGUACGAUCCAGUGAGCAUGAGCGGGCUGCCUGUUGGUGUUCAGGUGGUAGGUAGGAGGCUCGAGGAGGAGAAGGUCAUGGAGGGUAUGAAGAUCAUAGAGGGGUUGCUCGCUAAGGAGGGCAUUCAGUAUGAGGGCAUCAAGAUUUAA